CAUAGGUCGGUGUGGUGCGAUGCCGGCAGUCGCUUGUGUGACGUGCUCGUGGAAACUUGUUGCCACGCUUCCGUCACUGCUAGUUUUCUCCUAUAGUUGUCUUGAUUUAUCUUUACGAAGUCGUCGUCGAACGGGUGGGCCAUGAAGAACGAAUUCGUGUGGCUGUCGACAACAGCAAUUAUUUGCUUGGCUGGAUUUGUCGCUGCUGCUCCACCUUUGGAUGCUGCCACACAUCGUGAUGGCAAGAUUUUCCCAUCAGAGUACGGUUCUGACGAAGAAGUGCGUCAGCUUCUUAACCUGAAGGAGCUGAAAGCCCAGCUGGAUUCAGCCGCUGCGUCCAAAGAUGGUCCGAAGGCAGCUUCGUCUGCUACCCCAGGAGGGUCUUCAUCGCCUUCUGCUUCUCCUUCAUCUCCUUCCUCUUCUUCAUCUUCCUCCUCAAGCGGCGCCAUCACAGGGAUGGCGGAACAGGAGCCAAAGAAAGAGGCUGAAAAACCUGCCAAUCAGGAAGGAAACAGCGACGAGAAAUCGGAAAAGGAAAAGAAAUCACCUUCUCACCUGGAUGCUAAUGAACAGGGGCGACUGGAGGCAGGUGACCAUCCCCCGGUCGAUACUGAUCACAUUGAACUCAAGCGACAACAGCUCUCAAAGCCUCACAUGCGAUACACGCCACUGGACCUGGCUCUGUACGUGUACAAGACGGGAGACGAGGAAGGAGUAACGCUUGCUAUACAGGAACUCAUUGCUGAAGGACUGAUGACGGCGGAAGAAGCACUUAAUUACUUACGUGAAAUACGAGAGAAUCUCCACUACCUGAAUCUGCAGGACGAGCAAGAACAAGGACAGCAGGGUGACGAGGAAGAUAUAAGCGUUGGAGGACUGAAGUCCAUGAUCAAGAAGAAUUCUCUGCCCCUUCCUCUAACGGAGAUGAGCAUGGGCGAUCCGGAAACUGUCCUGAAUCCAGACAUGGACUACGGAUUACUUCUGGAAAGGCUCCGAGGACAAGACUACGUCAGCACCGAAUAUUCGCUGGAGGACGUCAUUUAUCAGAUGGCCAAAAUCCUCUUCAAGCAAGCAAUGCACAGAGACAUAGGCUCAGAAAAGGCGCUCCAGGAGGUGGCUGCACUGCUCGAAAGGGAGGCUGCCAGGGGAGCCAUCACACCUGAAGUGGAGAAGAAGGUUUUGGAUAUCGUCGUGAACUCCCUGGUGGACAGCAUGAACGAGGAGAACGAGUUUCCGGCGGGUCCUGGCCCCCUUGUGGGCGGGACGAAUUUCAAACUGCCCAGCCAGAGCUCGUUUUCCCUGGGAAACUCGCCCCCCCUCCUGGGCGCUGGGUCCGGCUUCAAACACGCAGGCGACUUCUUCCAGCUCUCGAAGACGACCACAAAGAGAGAGGCGCCAGAGGGCACUGGGAAGAAAACGGAAGAUAAAAACUAAAAAAAUAAAAUAAAAGGCGGAACUGUUAGGAAAUAGAAUAACAUCAGGGGUAUGAAAUGUAAUAAUGAGAUCUUCAAGUAGGUGACGGUCAAACCUACAUUGUUAAUUCAAGUAAAACGAAAGUUA